AUGAAGCCAAGGCUACUUAUCGUAUUAAUAUCUGUUUCAAUAAGCCAUGAACAAAAUUAUGGAUCACGUUUUCAAACGCCCGGUCCAGGUGUAUCGGCUUCAGAGAAUUCAAUUUAUCUUCCCCCUGAAACGGUCACUCCCGCACCGUAUUUUCCUGUAAAUCAAAUGAACAAAUUGCCAUUUCCUUAUUUACCACUGGAUCCUAUCAAAGCACCAACAUCGUUUCCUACACCAUUUCCUCCAAUUAUGAUUUCGUCGACGUUCCGCCCUCCAUCGCGCAACGAUUACGAGGACGAAGACGAUGAAGAAGACAAAAGACCUUCACCACCACGGUUUUCUUUUUUUGACACUAAAAAUAAUCGAACUGAACAGAAUACAAACGUGUUUCAAACCCAACGUCUGGAUAUGAGAAACCUUCCAAAAACAGUUGAAUACCAACAUCCUAUUGAUAGAAUCGAUAUGAAACCUGAAAUAAGAAAGCCACAACAGUUCACACUUAACAAUAGACAAAUCCAAAAUGGUUUACCAAAACCACCUCAAAGAAACGUUGUGGUAUCCCCAGAAAAAAGAAAUGACCAAGGAAUAGACCAAGCUAAAUCAGGAAAUUUUCCGAUUCCUCAAUAUCUACCUUUACCAAGUUUAUUUAUAUCGUCCACAACAGAGACAGCUAUUCCAAUACUACGUUUGUCUAAUGAAAUGGAUUUAGAUGGAAGCUUCAGUUAUGAAGCUCUAGGUGCAGAUCAAACUCACUAUGUACAACAUAGCCGUAUGGAGAACAUUGGAAAUGAUAAACAAGAACAAGUUGUUGAAGGAUCAUAUUCGUAUGUUGGUGAUGAUGGGCAAACGUAUUCAGUACAUUAUAUUGCUGAUGCGAAUGGAUUCCGAGCUAGUGGUGACCACUUACCCGUACCUCCUCCUGUACCUGAAAUUAUUCAAAGGGCUGUGCAACACAACUUAGCUGAAGAGGCAAGAAAACCAGCCCAUCUUAAGAACUGGAACGAAGAAGAUGAUAUAUAUCAAGAUACUGAAAGAAAUACUUUUACUAUUUUGCCUACACAUAAUCUAUAUACUGGGAGAACCCCAGAAUCGUUUUCAUUCAAUUUCCUAGAGGCAGCAAAUUCACAGAAUAAUUUGUUAGCAGCAACAAGCCCACAGUCACCUCUUAAAUCUUAUUCGGAAACAUUUUCCGAACAUCUAAAAACUAGACAAAGCUCUACUAUAUCACCACAAAUAACAUUUUUGGCUUCACAAGGUGCUCAUAUACCCUCCGCAAGUAUGCCACAGCCAACAAUAACCAGACUAAAUGAGAAGACAACAAUGCCACAGUUGGUUAAUUAUGAAGCUGCCAUUAAAGAAACUGAACCUGAAAAUAAGAACUUACUAAAAUGGCAAUACAAUGCCAAUAAAGACAAUAACCAGACUCCUGAUAAAAACUCGAUAUCAAGAUCAUUUGGUGAAGAUGAUGACGUAAUGAUAAACUUUAACGAAAUGACUCCUGAGCAAUAUACAAAUAUGAUACAUUCAAAGAUAGAAACGCAAACUCUAGCACCUAGGGACAGUUUCAAUGAAGUGACGGGAAAAUAUCAACUUUCUAAUUUAGCAAAUAUCAAACAAGAUAACGUACAUUUGGAUCGAAUUAACAAACAUGUUUACACUUCGUCGACAUCCACAGAAAGUAAUUCAACACCCAAUGAACUGUCCUAUAUGAAUAAUUUUAAUAACAACGACUGGGCCAACAAUUACAAUAGUAACUAUAAAAGUCAGUCAAACGCUUUUGAUAAUAAAAAGCUUUUCCCAAGUAAUGAUGAAGGGUCUCAAGUGCGAGCCAAAAUAAUUACUCAAAAUAAAUUUAUACCUCCCAGUCAAACUGUCAGUCAAUCCUAUGAUUAUAUUGACAGCAAUAAUAACGUUCAAAUGACUAAAAUCGUAAAUUCGGAUGUUGAAAAUAGACAAUAUAAACCAGAAUCGACUUAUUUAAAUACUUCACCCGUAAAUCAUCAGCAACAGCAGUACUUGAAUUGGCUUAACAUUAAUAAAAAGAAUGAAAUUAUUGAUACCCGUAAAACUGACGUUUCUUCAGAGUCUAGUUAUAUAAGUACUGCCAAUAGCAUUGAUAUUGUUGCUCGUAAUGAAAAUAACGAUUUCAGUCCUGUCACCGUACAAACGGUUGAACCACAGGAAGAAACAACAACCGAAAAUUUUAAUGACAAUUUAAAGGAAAACAUUUUCUUGAAACGCUUUUUUAAGAGACAGAAAGAAGAGAAAAUUGUUGCUCCGAAAGAUAAUGCUGAUACUAAAUCAUUAAAAGAAAAACAAGUAGAAAACCAUCCAAAGUAUAUCCAAACGGAUUCAAAAAAAUUUAAUAACGAAAACAUCAGACCUUUUCAAGUCUCCGACAUCAUAAAUUUGAUAUCAGCCAAGAACUAUUUCGAAUCUAACAAAUUAAAAAAUAGCAACAAACUCCUGAAUAAUAAUCAAUAUAAUAAAACACAUUUAAAUCGUAACAAUUUAAGGAAUCACUACGAAGAAGAACCCGAAAUUGAUUCACAACAAUUUAAACGUGAAAAUAAGAAGAACAUGUCCCAGGAAGAGCUUCAUGGUGUCAUCAGAAACUACAAGGUACUACAAAGGAACAAUGUAAAUUUCAACAAAGAAAGAAAUCUAGAUCAGAUUCGUAAAGAUCUCACACCAUCAGGAAGAAAAGAAAAUUUACCACCAUUAGGAAGAGCGGGACCGUCGAUGAAGAGCUAUUUGCCGGCUAUAUACGUUUAA